AUGGAAAGAGUUAAACAGAUGGUUUUUGCUUGAGCUUCAACAAGGCAAGGUUAAAAUACAGGAGCUUAACGUUAAGUGUUGUAAACAGGCUAAAAAGGCGUUCAUUUCAAAGUUAAACUUAGACUUUCUUAAAUCUUAUAUUCUAAACAAAGGUGAGUACAUACAAGUACAUUUUCGAGGUCUUUUUAGAGCUUGAACAAUCGUUGAGUCUAUCAGUUCUAAACUGUUCUCUCAAGGUAUAUAAAGGAAUUUUGAAGCACACCAAGCCAUCCUAAUAUUUUUUAUUGUAUUUUCAGAUGAAAAAAGCUGGAAUCGUUGUUUUAAUGGUAGUGUUUCUUGGGGUACUUUGUACCGGCCUUCGUUCACGUUGCCGACCUGGGAUUUGGUGCAGUAG